AUGGCACAAACAACGUAUGCAACUGGUACAGGCCCGUUCGGCUUGGCAGCGGUUGAUGUCAAUAACGACGGUAAACCUGACAUUAUUGUCACAAACGUGAAUAGUAACAAUGUUGGUGUUCUUCUCAACACCGGCAAUGGUACGUUUACUGCACAAACAACUUACUUAACUGGCGCAAAGCCAAACAGUGUGGCAGUGGUAGAUAUAAAUAAUGACAGUAAACCAGAUCUCAUCGUCACAAACCUUAAUAGUAACUAUAUCAAUGUUCUCCUCAACAUCGGCAACGGUACAUUUACUGCCCAAACAACUUACCCUACGGGCGCCGGUCCAUAUGAUGUAGAAGUGAUUGAUGUUAACAACGACAACAAACCCGACAUUAUUGUUGCAAAUGCUAAUGGUAAUAGCGUUGGUGUUCUCCUUAACAUUGGCAACGGUACAUUCGCUCCACAAACAACUUACUCAACUGGCAGUACCCCGUACUCUCUGUCGGUAGUCGACGUUAAUAACGACAGCGAACCAGACAUUAUUGCUAUAAACUCUAAUAGUAACUACGUCAGUGUUCUUCUUAACAUUGGCAACGGUACAUUUACUCCACAAACAACUUAUUCAGCUGGCACCAAUCCGUACGGUUUGGCAGUAGCCGAUAUUAAUAGCGAUAGCAAACCGGACAUUAUUGUUGCAAACUCUGGUAGUAACAACGUCAGUGUUCUUCUCAACACAGGAAAUGGCACGUUUACUGCACAAACAACGUACUCAACUGGAUCCCUUCCGCUGAAUGUGGUAGUGCGCGAUGUUAAUAACGACGGCAAAUCCGACAUUAUUGUCGUGAACUAUAAUAGUAACAAUGUCGGCGUUUUCUUCAAUACAGGUAAUGGUACGUUUACUACACAAACAACUUACACAACUGGCGCCAAUCCACGAAAUGUAGCCGUGGUCGAUGUCAAUAAUGACGGGAAAAUCGACAUUAUUGUUGCAAAUCAAGGAAGUAGCAAUGUCGGUAUUUUAUUGGCCUGCUAA